AUGUCGAAGAAGCAAUGGUUGGUCCUGUUGAUGCUGUUCUUGACAUACUUGUUACUAGGUGCUUCCAUUUUCUACCAUAUCGAGAGCCGCUUAGAGAUCGACCGCAUUGAAAAAGACAAACAUGAACGCAUCAAGAUUAACGCUUUGCUUCACACGCAUUAUGUACCGAAUCUUAAUCACGAUCACGAUGAAAUUCUCGAGAAUUUGACACGAUACUGCGGAAAAUCAGUUUAUAAUUAUACCGAAGGCGAUUAUCCCCUUAAAUGGGAUUUUUAUAAUAGUUUUUAUUUCGCUUAUACCGUCGUCAGCACAAUAGGUUACGGAAAUUUGGCUCCAACGAACAGGCUCAGUCGCAUCCUGAUGAUAUUUUAUGGUCUGAUAGGCAUACCUAUGAAUGGAAUUUUGUUGACACAAUUGGGAGAAUUUUUUGGCCGUGUAUUCGUCAAAGCUCAUGAAAAAUAUAAAUCUUAUAAGCAUGGCCGUGACAAUUAUUAUCCUAGAAAAUUAACAACAUUCGAAACGGGAAAAGCUGGAUUGGCUGCACAAAUAUUUGCACACUUGUUACCAGGUUUCGUCAUGUUCAUCUUUUUCCCAGCAUUUCUUUUCUCUCAUUACGAGGGUUGGAGUUACGAAGAAGCUGUUUAUUACGCUUUCGUCACAUUAACCACCAUUGGUUUUGGAGAUUACGUGGCAGGACAGGAUAAUAGCAAGGGUAGCGGGUUUUUCUUUAUAUUGUACAAGAUCUUUCUGAUUUGUUGGAUUUCCUUUGGAUUGGGAUACACCGUCAUGAUCAUGACAUUUAUCACGCGAGGUAUGCGAAGUAAGAAGAUUACUAGAAUAGAGCGUAAAUUAGCUAUCAAUUUGAAACAUACGCAAAGUAAAAUAUGGAAUGAAUUCAAUAAGGAAAUAAAUUAUUUACGCCGUGUUUUCAACGAAUUGCAGUUAUCUAAAGUUAAGAGAAUAUACGUUGACGAAUGUAAUUACGAGAUUCCACCGUCUAAAUUUUGUCGUAGUAACAGUUUUCCCGAUCUUCGAGAUUUGUUGUACGCCUCAAAAGAGAAAGAUGAAAUGUAUCAAAGACCUCGACGACGCGCCAAUAGCGAAGUGGUUCCAACGGAAAAUCAAGUAACGCGCGUCGUUUCUGAAACCGAUCUUCAAAGAAUCGAUAAAACAGCAACAUUCGCAACUCAUGCAAUGGUUCAACCAGCAGAAUUGUUGGCAAGAUUGGUGAAUAUUCUUGGUUAUAUACCACCAGCUACCGAAGAUAUGGGAGCCGAUGGUUCAAAUCAGACAACUUACAUUGGCCAGGAACAAGUCGGAUAUCACAGUGACAAACUCGAAGAAAAUAAAGAGAUUUUGGAAAGAGAAUCGUCUCACGCGUUCAAUACCGGAUCUAAAAUCUGGACAAUCGGACACGAGAAGAUACCGCGAUUCGUAAGACCUCGUUCGAGAGCGGCCAGUGAGAUUAGAAUACAAGAAACGAAAAACGAGGAUCGAAACAUCGAACGAACUUGGUCCGGACCAACAGCGGCUAGAAAGAUUCAGGAAUUGAUGAAAUCCCGUGUAAAUGAAUCAUCGAGCAAAGAACGUGACAUUAAAGAUACCAAAUUUUCUAAACUUCGCAAUUUUGCAUUAACAAAAAAUGUUCCUAAAGCAUUGAUCUCGUCCAAUCCUUGGAAAAAUCGUUUUUCGAUAAGUUCGGAAAAAAAAAUCUCCGAAUUCGACCGCAAUAUUAACGGUAAAGACUUGGCCGGACAAGGAUCUUUAUCGAUCGAUGAUAGACGAGAAUCGAUCCCAACCAAUUUAAAUCCACGAAGAUAUUAUUACACGCAUACCGGUGCGGCUAACAAUUUUAAUAACAAUGUUAAUAAUAAUCUACUCGAAGAGACCAGUUUGGCCGAUUUUUUGAGAGCCCUUACCGUUCUUCACGCUAGCGUUGCUGCCAAUAACGGUAAUUGGAGCUCUGCUACGAACGAAGAUCAGAUUCGUCGUGAUCAACCUCGAAGAAAAUUGGGCACUGCUUCUUUAACACCGCCAAAACUUCCUAGCUUGUUUACCUUGUUUUCGCCAUCUCCACCCGUAUCAACCACUCAAAGUAAUCAAAACACUAUUACGCAAGAAUCUAAUAUAAACUGGAACGAAGAUAAAUUACCUUGGUUUCAAACAACAAGACGAGAAUCGAGAAGAGGUAGUUUAGCGUUUGCUCAUCCUACCAUGGCUACCAAAUCGAGACGAUUUUCUUUGAGACCUGUAGCAACACCUGUCAGUCCACCGACGCCUCCGAAAAAUGACUCGCCAUUCUUAUCGAAAACUAAAUCAACGUUUCUGUUCGAAUCCCCUAAAGAGCCUCUUAUUCUAACAGAGAGAACGCCAGGUUUUUCAACGCCGAUAAAAUCAACCUUGAGCGAUCGUCGUUUCUCGUUACGACCAGCUCAAAAUUCGAACGUUAAUUUAAAAGGAGGUAAUACUUCUAUCGUUUCUACGCAAAAAGUUGCACCUCGUUGGAAGGCUGGUAUAUUGCAACGACAAAUCGGUCAAAUGAAUCUUCGACGUCGAGCUAGAGCGUUCAGUUUGAGCGACGUUCACGUCGAAGAUCACAGAGAAAGAACCGAACCUUUUCAUUUAUCAUCCAAUAUUAUUUACAAAAAAAAUAAUCACGAUUCAAUUUAUAAAAAUCCUAAAACCGAUGAAUUUGUACCAUCGAUCGAAAAUUCGGGUCAAUUUGCAUCUUUGGUUUCCAAUUCGGAACGAUAUUCACCGCUUUCACAAGAAAUUAUUUCGAAUUCUACUACGAAUUCUGUUCGCCUCGAGGAAAAGAACGUACGAAUCAUCGAUCCACAAUCACAUUCCAUCGUACACACAAUUCCUAACGAGAAUGUCGAUGAUCAUUCGAACGAAUGUACAUCUAAUUCUCGUUUAAGCGAUCGAAUAGAAUCAACUUUAUGUAAAGAUUCUCGAAUAAGUACAAAAAAACAAGUAUCAUCGAAUGAUUCUUUCAUUAAUUCUACUUCUCAAUAUAAUUUAUUCACCAAUAUUGGCACAGAAUCACAAGAACCAUUAAUGGAAGUAAAAGUAGAAAAUCCCAGUACAAAUAUCAUUUCCGAUCCGUUUAAAAUAAUUACACCCGAUGUUUCUUCGCAUCAUUCGUUAGAUUCUCUUGCAGAAUUCAAAACCGAGAAGCAUAGAUCACACUUGCCUACCGAUAAAUCGUGACACAAACUUUUCGUUCAAAAAACAAAUUUAUUAAUCGGACAAUAAUCGGAACAAUCGCAAAUCGUAUUCAUUUUCGAUGUAAUUAAUUCUGCGAUUUUCUUUCAUCAUUCUUUCGAAUGAAAAAAUGAUAAAUUUCGAACACCAUACGAGAUAUGUUAAAGGGAUACGACGAUAAAAAAAAAGUACUUAUUUACGUUAUACAAAAA